AUGUUAAUAAUUGCAGGCCUAGGUAGGCAAAUACCGGUAAAACGUCUUUUUGUUGCAGCUACUUUAAGAGCGAAUAAACCGAUUUUUCAUCGUUUUAUUCAUCAAACUUGGAGAAGAAAUGAUAAUUUAAAAAAUGAUGGGUUGGAUCUGCUGAAAACUGUAACUCACUCGGGUGACGCUUUUAGAGCUAACUUUGAAGGUGACGCCAAAGCUGAUCAAACUAACGUCAAAGCCGACCAAGCUGACCAAGCUAACGCCGAAUUUAGCUCUUCACCUGAAAAGUCUACAAUUUUUGUCCCCAAUAAAUUUUCAGAUUUCAGAAAAAAAGGACUUAUUGACGAUAUUCUUCUUGAUGCUAUAGAGAAAGCUGGCUUCAAGGACUUGACACCGAUUCAACAAAAGGCUAUUAUUCCGCUUCUUAAUACAAAAGACGGUAUAGUUUGUAGAGCUAAAACCGGUACGGGAAAGACAUUGGCAUUUUUAAUACCAACGGUACAAAGUGCUAUUGAAAAGAUGAAAAACAGAAAGAAACUGAAGAAGCGUGAAAAAGUUGAUACAAUAAUAAUUGCCCCAACUAGAGAUUUGGCGUUACAGAUCCGCGACGAAUAUAUAAAAGUAUGUGAAAAUGUUAUAAGACCAUUAAGACCCACUAUUUCGUUAGUUAUCGGUGGUCAAAGAAACACUUUUGUGCCAUCAAAUCCAAGUGAGAUUGUUAUUGCAACUCCCGGUAGGUUGGAGGCUGAUUUGAAACACCAUUCGUUUAAAUAUGCAUUCAGUAAUGUUUCUUACAGAAUUUAUGAUGAAGCCGAUAGAUUAUUGGACAUUGGGUUUGAACCACAGUUGCACAGUAUUGACCUGACUUUGAAACGAUUGAGAGACAAAAACGAGCCGCCAAUAAAAUCUUUGUUAUUCAGUGCAACUAUUGACAAGGGGGUUAAGAAAUUUGCUGAAAAACAUAUCAAUCCAAAUUACGAGUUUGUCAACACUGUACCUAAGGACGAUCCUGAAGUUCACGAAAAUGUCCAUCAAGUUUUGGUCAAAUGUACAGGUGCCGUUGACAAAUUUAAGACUCAAUUUAAUUACAUUGCUGACUUAAUCAAGAGCAAAGAAAAUGCUAAAAUCAUUUUGUUUUUACCUACUCAAACUUCUGUUGAAUUUUUCUAUGAUUACAUGAGAAGAGCUUUACACAGCAGCUCAGUUUUUAAGGAUUAUUCUUCAGAGUUUAGGAUUUUCCAUUUGCAUGGUAAGAGAUCUGUAGCUCAGCGUUCAGCUGCUUUGCGAGGCUUUAAGGCAGUCAAGAAUUGUAUGUUGAUCACUACGGAUGUUGCAGCAAGGGGUAUUGAUGUUAAGGGAGUUACCCACGUUGUGCAAUUGUAUCCUUCGAGUGAUGUUGCUGAUUAUGUCCAUAAAGUCGGUAGAACUGGAAGAGCAGGUGCAAAGGGUAAGGCCGUUUUGUUCCUCACCAAAUUUGAGAGUGCAUACGUGCGUAUACUUGAAAAGCAAAGAGGUGUUCGAUUUGACGAAACUUUUGAUAGCUCUGAAAUUGAAGGAACAGAUGAAUUCUUUAAAGAGAUUACAGUAGAUGAAAAAGUUACAAAUGAUUUUUUCUUUACAUUUAUGACUUUCCUCAAGCAAAUGGAUAGUGUAUACGGCUUGAACAUUAAUGGUCUUGUGGCUGAAAAUGGGAUAUUGUAUCGUACUUUAGUUCACGACGAAACAGCCAAGUUAGAAUCUGGUUCACUUGUAAUGCUAAGAAAAAGAUUAAGACGUGGUAUUAUUGACGAAUAUUUUGAAAGAGAUUAUUCUAAUAGAAGGUAUUCGCGUGACCAAUAUAAUAGAUAUGAAGAAGGAGAAGAUUCCACAAGUCCCUUUAGAGGAAGAAGUGGCUUUGGAAAUAGAGGAAGAGACGACAGCUAUCGCCGCCAUGACAGCUAUCGCCACCAUGACAGCUACUCCCAACAUGGAAGAGGUAACAGAGAACAAAAGAGAAAUUCUUUUUCUGGUCAUAGAGGGUCUUCCAAGCGGGAUAAUGAUCACUACAAAGGAAGAAGAAGCGACUCUUUUAAUGACAAUUGGGAUUAA